GAAUCAGUGGUCUAGGAGGCUCCGCGCGCGCGCCUGCGUGAUAGCGGGCACCGCGCGAGCAAACAGAGCGUUUAGACAGCACGUCUCAUCGAUUAAAUUUCGCGCGCGCUGCAAGACCAGCGGCCGUGGACCAGCGGCCGAGCAAAGGCCACCGCGAGGGAGAGCCUCGAAACCGCCGCGUGCACGAACGAAGUUUGAACGAUGGCGAGCUACUUCUUCGCCCGCAAGAAGAAGCGCCAGCCCGUGGUCGCUGAUCCCAAACUCUGGUCGACGUCGAGCGUCGACGACGACAAGCCGUUCCACGCCGAACCUAAAUCGGAAAGCGAGAAGCAGCAGCUCGUUUCAGCUUUAAAAGAUCACUACGUCUUCUCGGCUUUGAGUACGAACGACAUCCUCCAGGUCAUCCACCGCAUGCGCAAGAGGUCUUUUGCGAGCGGCACGGACAUCUGCACCGAAGGUCAAACAGGAGACGAGUUCUUCGUCCUGGCUGCGGGAGAAGCUGACAUCAUCGUCAAGGGUGAGAAAGUCGGUGCUUACAAGCCGGGCCAGUCGUUUGGGGAGUUAGCUUUGCUGUAUUCUUGCACUAGAGCAGCAACAAUAAAGGCCACGUCGUCGUGCACGUGCUGGGCCGUCGAUGCGGCUACAUUUAGGAAGGUUGCUAUUCGGUCGAAGCAGGGGGCUGCUCGUGGAAGAUUAGACUUCCUGAAGAAGGUACCUCUAUUGCAAGGGUUAGAUAGCGGCACGCUACAGCGCGUCGCCGACGCCCUGAAGCGCGUCGAGUUCGCCGCCGGGUCGAAGAUCGUGACCGAGGGCGAGCCGGGCGACGACUUUUAUCUGAUAGAAGAUGGCGAAGUAAAAUGCACCAAAAGAAAUGGUUCUGAGGAGCAGCACCUGCUCACGUUGAAGCGGGGGGAUUAUUUUGGCGAGAUGGUGUCAUGCGGCGUCCCUUUUCGCACGCGGCGACGGGCGUGCGGGCGCCUCGGGUCCGCGCCACGCCAUCGCCGCGCCGCCGUCACCUUACAUAUCGCAGGCCCUCAUGCUCGACGAGCCGCGCCACGCCACCGUGACUUCCACAAGACCGACGAAGUGCUUCGCCAUCUCGUCCCACGACUUCUCGAGGUUGUUCGGCCCUCUACGCGACCUCAUCCAGCAGCAGAUGCGGAUGAGGAUCCUCAAAUCAGUACCUUUGUUAUCGCAUUUGGACGACCACGUCCUCGACAAGCUCGCCGACGCCAUGCGCAUCCAGCUGUUCGACGCGGGCAAGUACGUCAUCAAGGAGGGCGACAAAGGGAGUAGAUUUUAUAUAAUAAACGCGGGCGCGGCCAAGGUCACAAAAACCAUCAAUGGUAGUGAGGAGGACGUCGGUGUCUUAAAUGCCAACGAAUUUUUUGGAGAACGCGCGUUGUUGAGCGCGGAGCCGCGGCAGGCGAACAUCAUCGCUACCGAAGCGCUGGAGUGCUUAGUACUGGAUCGUGACUCGUUCAAGAGGUGGCUGGCCGACGUCGACGACGUGCGCCAGAAGAAGGCCGCGAGGGAUGCGAGACGCGUCGCGGCUCGACCCAAAGCGCAGGAUCUACAACGCUUACGAACAUUGGGUACGGGUACCUUUGGUAGGGUAUCGUUAGUGGUCCAUACCCCCACAAACAAAGUUUAUGCCUUGAAAGCCAUGCAGAAGUCCCAAAUCGCCGAGACGCACCAGGAGCGCAACGUCCAGGCCGAGAAGGAUUUGCUGCUGGAAUGUGCGCAUCCUUUUGUACUAGCAUUGGUAGCGACGUACCAAGAUGAACACCGAUUAUAUAUGUUGAUGGAGAUCAUCCAGGGCGGGGAAUUAUGGUCUCUCAUAUAUGAAAAAGUAGAUGCGACUCGUUCGUUAAGAACUGGAGGCUGCGGCGCCUUCGAGCAGUCCAGUGCAAAAUUUUUUGCGGGUUGCGUCAUCGAGGCGUUUGCCCACAUCCACGGGAAGUCCGUAGCGUACCGCGACCUGAAGCCCGAAAACUUAUUACUAGAUGAAAGGGGCUACGUGAAGGUCAUCGACUUCGGCUUCGCGAAGCGCGUGCCUUUCACGGACGAGGGCGGGAAUCGACAGGAUCGUACCUAUACUAUUUGUGGUACUCCUGAGUACUUGGCUCCUGAGAUUGUUAGGAGUGAGGGUCAUACCACAGCAGUCGACUUGUGGGCGUUAGGGUGUUUGGUCUAUGAGUUACUCGUCGGUCGCACGCCUUUUGCCGAUGAUUCGCAAUCCACAAUCUUCCGAACGAUCAUGAGAAGCAAGAAAGUACUGGGCGAGUCGAAGACCUGGCCUCGCGGGUUUCCUUCGGAGGGCAAGGCUUUGGUCAAAUCGCUAUUGGAUGACGCCCCUUCGUAUCGGUUAGGUGCCGGGCGGGACGGCCUCGACAGUGUCAAGCGGCACGCGUUCUUCCGCGGCUUCGACUGGAAGUCGUUGGCUGAUAUGAGUCAGCGCGCCCCGUACGUGCCGCCCAUCAAGAACGCGAUGGACACGCGGAACUUCGACCCCUACGACGAGCGCGACUCGUUGAAGCCGUUCCGCGGCGACCAGCGGACGUUCGGCGGCUGGUCGGAGAUGGGGGCGGACUUCCCGCCGCAGAAGGUCUAGAGCUUGUGACGCUCGUAAGUUAUGUUCUAUA